AUGGACACUGGGCGGCCGUCGACACUAGCUGACUUUGGAUAUCCACCUCAACACCAAGUAUCGGGCCCUGCUCUGUUCAAAGACGACUACAGCAAACUGUAUUUCUGCCAAGGUUGUCCUUUGAUGCGGCCCAAAUCUGGUCAAUAUCCGGCCUUGCAGUGCCAGCUUGAUCCACGCUUCUCCCGAUUUUUCACCACAUCCAAGGAUUUGGAUCCUUCCACUCUCAGUCCCUACCCCGUUCUCGGACACGAGGCCCUGUCAUUCUUCAAUGUAACUUGA